UUUCAAUCUACUCGACUGCACAAAUAUCUCUCUUUAUCUCUCCUCAAGAUUGUGAAAUUGUUGCUAAAAUUAAUCAAAAGAUGGGUUUGUGUUUCUCUCUUAAGACAGCUUGGGUACCUCUUUAUUUCUUAUUCCAUGCUGUACUCAUUCUCACUAUCUCCCCAGUUAACUCCAACACAGAAACUAGAGCUAGUUACAUAAUAUUUUGGACUUCAUCAAGACCAAUGAAAAUCGGAAUUCCAAUCAGGACCUUUUCUGACCGGUUUGUGAGGAUAGAAACAUCCAUCAACAACCCAGAUGAGAAGACAUAUACUGGUUUUAGCAUCGAUUUGUUUGUGGAGGUGGUGAAGACUUUGAGUUUUGAUAUUCUACCCUACGAGUUUGUCGAGUUCGAUGGCAGCUACGAUGAUUUACUUACUUGUGUCGCCAACCAGACAUUUGAUGCUGCGGUGGGUGAUAUAACGAUAACUGCUGACCGUUCAAGGGUUGUCGAUUUUACUUUACCAUAUACCGAGCAAGGUCAUCUAUGGCUGAUGGUUUCAAUGAAGCCCCAACCUCCCAACUUAUGCUUGUUUUUGAAGCCAUUCACCAUGCAAUUGUGGUUUGCCAUUUGGACCCAUAUGAUGUGCACAAUGUUCAUGGUUUGGUUAUUUGAGCAUCGCUCCAAUCCAGAAUUCCAUGGCCAACUCGGCAAUGUUCUUUGGUUCACCUUCUCUUCACUUUUCUUUGCUCACAAGGAAAGGAUUCAAAGCAACUAUAGUCGAGUGGUGGUCGUGGUGUGGCUUAUUGUGGAGGUGAUCUUAAUACAAAGCUACAUUACCAGCCUCGCUUCAAUGCUCACCGUCACAAGGCUUGAUCCGAAUGUUGACUCAUCAGGACCCAGUAAAUUUGAUUUUAAGGAGUUGUACAACAGCAGGGAAGACAUUGCCACUGAAUCUCACUACCUCGACGCUUUCAAGAGUGGCAAAAUCUCAGCCGCAUUUCUUGAAGUCCCUUAUGCAAAAGCUAUUGACAGCCACUACUGCAAUCAACUUGCGGUCACAGAACCAAUACAUGAAUUCGGAGGGUUUGGCUUCGUAUUCCAAAAAGGUUCUCCGAUUGUUGACAAUAUCUCUACAGCCAUUCUAAACCUAAUGCAGGACGGCACACUCAAAAAAUUGGAAGAUGAGUACUUCACUCCCUCCUCGGAUUGUUCUAACUUCCAAACAGCCAAAAACAACCGUGGCCUGAGCGUCCAGCACUUCCGGGGUCUAUCCGUAUUUUACCUAGCCAUUUCCACCAUUUGUAUACUAUUAUUUGUUCAGAAACACCGCCGUGAAGUACUUCAAGAAGGCAACAUCACGCCAAUGCUUGGAAAAAAUAACAUUGCAGAUUCAAGAUAUCCUGGCAGGGCUCCAAUCUCAGGUCAUGCGCCAAAUUAUCUUGAAAUGCAUUAAUUAAACACAAUAGUUAGUUAUGUUGUUUAUCUAGAUAUAAAAAUAAGAAGAAUGCAAAGAACAUACUGUUUUUCUGUACAUUAUCUAAUAUGUUUGUAAGCACAAAUUUCCUGUCUGAAUUCGAUCCUUCGCAUCCGGAGGAGGGAUUUAUAAUUAAACACAACAACUAGUUAUGUUGUUUAUCUAAAUAUAAAAAUAAGAAGAAUGGGAAGAACAUACUGUUUUUUUCUGUACAUUAGCUAAUAUGUUUGUAGGCACAAAUUUCCUGUCUGAAUUUAAGAACAAUUAUUCAAUUUUAUUAUGAGAUGUGGUGGAACCACAUUCGUAGACUUCA